GAUUCUCCAGGCAAGAGCGCUGGAGUGGGGGCCAGAAUGCUCAUUAAUUGCUGGUGGGAAUGCAAGACAGUAGAGCCAACACCUUGGGAAACAUUUUCACACUUCCUUACACAGUUAAACACAGCAUUAGCGUGUGACCCAGCAGUCACACUCCUUGGUGUAUACCAAGAUGAGUUGAAAACUUAUGUCCAUGCAGAAACCAGCACGAGUGUUUAUAGAAGUUUUAUUCACAAUUGCAAAAAUUCAAAGCAAACAAAAUGCCAUUUAGUAGGUGAACGGAUAAGUAAACUGGUAAACAAUGAAAUAUUAUUCAGAAAAGAAAUAACUAUCAAGCCAUGAAAAGACAUUUGAAAAACCCUGCAGGUUUGUUUAAGCUUUUUGGGUUUUGGGUUUUUUUAAUAAAUAGAUUUUAAAAUCAGACUUUAAGGUUUAUUGGAAAAUUGAACAGAAAGCUUUAUUAAUCUGAAUUGAAUAUUGCUAAGUGAAAGAAUAUAUAUUGCAACUGCAUGAUAUUCUGGACAAUAAGAACCAGACAAUAAGAAAAUUAAUGGUUCUGAGGGGCUGGGAGGCAAGGACAGUUCAGUUCAGUGGCUCAGUCGUGUCCGACUCUUUGCAACCCCAUGAAUCGCAGCACGCCAGGCCUCCCUGUCCAUCACCAACUCCCGGAGUUCACUCAGACUCACAUCCAUCGAGUCAGUGAUGCCAUCCAGCCAUCUCAUCCUCUGUCGUCCCAGGGAAGCAUAAAUAGGUUGAACAGAGGAUUUUUUUAAGAUUGUGAAACUGUUCUGUGUAUUAUUGGCACGAUAUAGGUACAUGACGUUUAUGACAUACAUGUAGGUCAUACAUACAUGUACAUGACAUACAUGUUAUGAUAGAUACAUGACAUACAUGACAUGCCUGUACAACACAGUAAAUCCUAAUAUAAACUACACGUUUUAAUUAAUGAUAGAUCACUGUAAGUUCAUAACUUUUAACAAGGGCAUACACUAAUGCAAGAUGUUGUAAACACGUGUAACUGAGAGGGGGUGGAGUAUAUGAGAGCUUCCUGUAGCUUUCUGUUGGAUUUUCUAGUAAACCUAAAAACUGGUCUUAAAAAUCUAUUGGUUAAAAGCAAAAACAAAAAAACUUAAAAGGUAUCUCUGCAGAAACCUGUAGGGUUUUUCAAAUUUCCCCACAGGCUCAUGGUCUCAAAUGAGAGGGUGCUUCAUUCUUCAUAAACACUAGAAGAAAAGCUAAAACUCAUUAAGCCUUUAUAUCAUGGGUACUGCGUAUAAGUACGUUACUCUGCUAAUCAACAAAUAUUUAUUCAAAGCAAGGAGAGCCAGCCUAUGGGAUUUAAUGCGUAUAUCACCUACGCGAUUUAUACGUGUAUCAUCUACGCAAUUUAGUUCGAUCGACAUACAAUGCUAUGAAGUACCACUGCCAUUAACGUUUUUAAAAAACAAGCGGCAGCUCUGAGAUAAGCCAGACAACUGAUAAAUACAACAAUAGGCAUUUAGUCUGAAUUCCAAACCCAAAGUUCGAAACCACAAAACCGAACCGAAGAGAAUUAACCAUUUCUGACUCCCUCAUCCGAAACAAUGAACGGGCGACAAAUCUCGCGAUGCUAUUGAAGCUACUACUACUCCCGAUAUGCAAAGCGGUUUCCGUGCCGCAACCUGUGCCGCAGCAGGUGCCGCAGCCUGUGCCGCAGAGUCCGCGGGGUCCCGGCAUGCCUCGAGGCGCGAAAGGCAAUCUGGGAGCCGUAGUUCUCCUGGAUGCCUAGUGGUGUUGCCAGCGCGGCUGUGGCGGAUCGCUCGCUUCCAGCCAGUAGGUCCUCUGAGGGCGAGCUGAGGCGGAGAAAGGGCGUGGAACUGGAACCGGGUGAGUCGGACGCGGUCUACGCGAUCGAGGGAGGCGGCACCACGGCAGAGGGCUGACUCAAAUAAAUGGACCAGUGCUGCAGUCUCUUCGGAGACACCGCGGUCUUAGCGUCAGCGAGAAGAGGGUGAGGAGGCGCCAGAACCUGGUCCUUGCACCCGUUCUCAUCCUUCGCUCCCCGCCGCUCUCUCCACCAUGCAGUCCCGGGAAGAAUCUUCGCGCUCUCGCCGCAUCGCCAGUCCCCGCGGUGGGAAGCGCCCCAAAAGGGUUCACAAACCCACGGUUUCAGCUUUUUUCACGGGCCCGGAGGAGCUGAAGGACACGGGCCAUUCUGCAGCCCUGCUGGCCCAGCUCAAGUCCUUCUACGAUGCGCGGCUGCUCUGCGAUGUGACCAUCGAGGUGGUCACCCCCGGCAGCGGGCCCGGCACCGGCCGCCUCUUCCCCUGCAACCGUAACGUGCUGGCGGCCGCGUGUCCCUACUUCAAGAGCAUGUUCACCGGCGGCAUGUACGAGAGCCAUCAGACGAACGUGACCAUGCACGACGUGGACGCCGAGUCCUUCGAGGUGCUGGUCGAUUACUGCUACACCGGUCGCGUGUCCCUGAGUGAAUCGAACGUGGAGCGCCUUUAUGCAGCCUCUGACAUGCUGCAGCUGGAGUACGUGCGGGAAGCCUGUGCCUCCUUCCUAGCCCGCCGCCUUGACCUGGCCAACUGCACGGCCAUCUUCAAGUUUGCUGAUGCCUUCGGCCAUCGCAAGCUGCGGUCGCAGGCGCAGUCCUUUAUAGCCCACAACUUCAAGCAGCUCAGCCAGAUGAGUCCAAUUCGCGAAGAGUCCCUGGCAGAUCUGACCCUGGCCCAGCUGCUGACCGUCCUGCGCCUGGACAGUCUCAACAUCGAGCACGAGCAGACCGUGUGUCACGUGGCGGUGCAGUGGUUGGAGGCGGCUCCCAAGGAGCGGGGUCCCAGCGCUGCAGAAGUCUUCAAGUGUGUCCGCUGGACCCACUUCACUGACGAAGAUCGGGGCUACGUGGAAGAGCUGCUGACCAACACCGUGGUGAAGAAGUACUGUCUGGACCUUGUUGAAGGGGCCCGGCAGAUGCGGUAUGGUGACACGUUGUGCAAGUCUCUGGUGCCCAAGCCAGAGAGCAGCGGUGGCAGCGGUGGCAGCGGUGCUGUUAGCUGCGGUGGCGGUGGCGGUGGUGGUGGCGGUGGCGGUAGCAGCAGCGUCGUUAGCAUUGUUCUUAGUGGCGGCGGAAGCAGCAGCUCCGUUGUGCCCAUGUCUGAUCAUCUACCCCAGAGGUUAGGUGUGUAUGCCAAGAAGAUGGUGAUCUUCUUUGGCCAUCCCAGAGAUCCCUUUCUGUGCUGUGACCCAUACUCGGGGGACAUUUACAAAGUGCCAUCACCUCUGACCUGCCUUGCUCACACUAGGACUGUGACCACCUUAGCUGUCUGUGUCUCUCCAGACCAUGACAUUUAUCUGGCUGCCCAGCCCAGAAAGGACCUCUGGGUGUAUAAACCAGCCCAGAAUAGUUGGCAGCAGCUUGCUGACCGCCUGCUCUGCCGGGAGGGCAUGGACGUGGCAUACCUCAAUGGCUAUAUCUACAUCCUGGGUGGUCGGGACCCCAUUACCGGCAUUAAACUGAAAGAGGUGGAGUGCUACAGUGUCCAGAGAAACCAGUGGGCGCUGGUGGCUCCGCUGCCCCAUUCCUUUAUUUCCUUUGACCUGAUGGUCAUUCAGAACUAUCUGUAUGCUCUCAACAGUAAGCGCAUGUUCUGCUUUGAUCCCAGCCACAAUAUGUGGCUGAAGUGCGUUUCUCUGAAGCGCAAUGAUUUUCAGGAAGCCUGUGUCUUCAAUGAUGAGAUAUACUGCAUCUGCGACAUCCCUGUCAUGAAGGUGUACAAUCCAGUCAGAGGAGAGUGGAGGCAGAUUAAUAACAUCCCCUUGGUGUCGGAGACGAACAACUACCGGAUUAUCAAUCAUGGCCAAAAACUGUUGCUGAUCACCUCACGCACCCCGCAGUGGAAGAAGAACCGGGUGACGGUGUAUGAAUAUGAUAUUAGGGGUGACCAGUGGAUUAAUAUAGGUACCACAUUAGGCCUGUUCCAGUUCGAUUCUAACUUUUUUUGCCUCUCAGCUCGCGUUUAUCCUUCCUGUCUUGAACCCGGUCAGAGUUUUCUCACUGAGGAGGAAGAAGUACCUAGUGAAUCCAGCACUGAGUGGGAUUUAGGUGGGUUCAGUGAGCUGGAUUCUGAAUCAGGGAGCUCAAGCUCUUUAUCUGAUGAUGAUCUGUGGGUUCAGGUAGCCCCUCAGUGAAAUGCACAGGGUCAGCAGAGUGUGUUACAGAUAAAUUGAAACACUAAGGUAUUUUUACUGCUUUGGAAAGUAUCUUAAAGAGAUACCCUUUCUCUUUGCUGGAAGAAAAAAAAAAGAGUUGAUUAAUUUCAAGUUUGGCUUAGAAAGGGUAUUGUUUGAAAUACUAAUAUAAUAUUACAGAAUUUAAACAUCUUUAAAAGGAAUCAGCCUAUUUAAUAAUUUACUGUUCUAAAAGUCCAGUGUGGAUUUGUUUGGUAUGUUUAUGUUUGACAAUAUAAGUUAAUUGCAAUCAGUAGUCUUCUAUGAUUAAAUCUUACAUUGUCUUGUGCCACAAGUGUUUCAACUUGAAUUUUAAUUUCUACACUAAAAAACUGAUUGGAUAGGAAUUAUGAGGGUGGGAAAGCAUAUAUUUUCCUUCAGAGCAGUGUAGUAGAUUUCCAAAACUUUAAAGUAGUGGGUUUUUACAAAAUGUGUUCUAACAAAUAUAGUCUGCUAAGUUUUAUUUCCGUUUUCUCCUCUUUUGUGGAAAAAAAAAUUAUAUAUAUGUUUAAUGUGACUGAAUGGUGAUUUCACUUGUUACAAUGUAUAGAAUGGUCAUAAACUUACCAAAAGUAAAAACAAAAAAACAUGAUUCUGUUUGAACAGAAAUUUCAGUUUAAAUCUGUAACAUAACAUGUAUUUGCAAAUAGUGAGCAAUUUUCCAUCUAAAAAAAUUCCAUUCUAAUAGUGUCACCAAUUAUCUAAAAAUCUUAAAAAAAAAACAAACCUAACUUGCUUUGUAGGUUCAUAUUUUAAAUCUAUACGUGACAAAUGCUUCAUUGAAUCAGAGGAAUAAUCCUUUUUUUCACUGGACAUGAUUGUGAAAAUUUUUAUCCGUUGUCUUAAAAAGUUUAUGUGAUUCUUAAAAUAUUUUGGCUGUAUAGUUUUGGUGUUUCUCUUCGAUUUGUCAAGAAGGUGUGAUUAUUCUUUAUUGUUUUGUGAGUGAUAUUGGUUUUGAAGGUAUAUACCGGUUAAGAACAGUACUUUAUUGAAAUCAGUAGUUAUUGUGUCUAUCAACUCUCAAAAUCAAGUGCCAGCAAAGAAUUUUCAAACUUUAAGUCGUGUAUAGAAUUGUUUUGUGUAGCACUGAAAAAUUCUGUCCGUUUUGUAAGUCGCUAAAUGUUAUUAUCAGCUUAAAGGUAUUUUUCUAUUAAAAGUUUACAGUUAAAUAACAUAAGUGGAUGAUAGCAUUUGGGGCCAGUAGUGAAAGUAUAUUUCGUCUAAAAUAUUUCUCUAUGCAGUGGUGUACAAGGCUAUUUUAUUAUGGUAUUUGUACCUGUCCUGUGUUUCUCUAUGAACCCUGCUUCAGUCUUUGUUUCUGUCAACAUAUGUAAGGGAAAGAAAGUCCAGAAACAGAGAAUAAAUGACACAAAACUUACAUUGUUAAACACAAGAAAAUGUAAGUGUUAACCUCUUGAGGUUUUAUUGGAUAUAAUUGUCAUGAUACAUACACAUGAUAAGUGACCAAAUGCUUAUGAUGUAUAACUUUUUCUACACGCAGUCAGAAUUUCCUCUCUGAAUCUUCAUUCAGUGACAUGCUAAUUCCUCUUCUGUUUUUUCUCCAGUGACAGAGUGUUAACAUUUCUUAUACCCUGGCAGAGAGUACAGAGGAAUGCCAUUUUUCUGGUAGGGAAUGGACUUUUUUAUUGAAAUACCAUAGGAUGAAAACAGAAAGAGGAAGACAUAAAAGGUAUUUUUACAAGUUGUUCUUAGACAUUUUAAUGGGCUGUUUGAAGAUUCUACAAGACAUUCCUGUUCAACAUUUUUAGUGAAGUAAGAUGCUCACUUGUCUAACCAGUACGUGUUCCUUCAGAAGGGCAAACCUGCUUUGAGUUGCUUAAGGCUAAAUUUUGUUUCAUCUGACAUCAGGGUGUUUCUGGGCACUGUCCUUAACACAAAGCUGUUUCUCCAUAGGAUUAUUUUUUGGCCAGCUUUUUCUUUGCCAGUUACUUCCUGUUGAUAGCUUUUCCUUUUAUCAGGUCGAAAUAGAACAGUGAUGAUCUCAACCAGGUCUUAAUUCUGCAGAAUUAAGGUUAUACAACUGAUAAAAAACAUGUUUUCCGCUUGUCAUUUUCAACCUUUGAUUUAAAGCCUAAGCUAAAUAGUGGUGAUAUCUUGGUUUACAAAGAGGUUUUCCUAGGAAGAACUUUGGUUUUGUGCUAUAUUUGUGAACUAGAGAAUAGUUGUUAAUCAUUAUUUUAUGGAUAAGUGAUUUGUAUGUGAUUAGUUACAAUAAAACAUACUAGAAACCAGG